AUGGAGAAUCUUAACUUAGCCCUUGUUUCUUCCCCUAAACCUCUGCUUCUGGGACAUUCCUCCUCAAAAAACGUCUUCACAAGAAGAAAGCCUUUCGCUUUCGGGACUUUUCGCGUUUCUGCUAACUCUUCAUCCUCUCAUGUCACCAGGGCUGCUUCUAAAUCUCACCAAAAUCUAAAAUCUGUGCAGGGGAAGGUCACUGUGCAUACUUUUGCUAGCAUUUCUUCUUCAAAUAGUCAGGAAACAACAUCAGAUGGAAGAACAAUGGUGGAGAGUAAGACAGCAGACCUGAGAUCUCAAAUCAGGCAAAAAGGUGACACAAACCAAGCUUCAAGUAUAAGGAAUCCAUGGCAGCAAUCAGAUCAGACACAGUCUCAUUCUAAUCAUGAAACACAACUUAAGCAAUCCCGAGACGUGGCAUUGGCAACAGCAGCAAAAGCAAAAUUACUUCUUCGUGAGCUAAAAACCGUUAAAGCGGAUUUAGCAUUUGCUAAAGCGCGUUGUGCUCAACUUGAAGAAGAAAAUAAAUUACUCAGGGAACGAGAAGGAAGCGAUAAGGGACUUAUCCGUGAUGAUGAUGAUCUGAGGGUCGCCACUCUUUUGGAUUGGUGUUGGUGUUGGGUUUUCUGCACUAUUUUCAGUGGUAGCUUCAAGAUUAAAGAAAUAUGCAAUGCAACAAGCUUUAAACACCAUGAUGGGCCAGAUGAAUACAUAAAAUAA